CCACGUGCGGCGCGCCCGAGACGCACGUGUUAACCGGAGCCUCGCUCUCUCGACGAAAUCGCGAGCUUUCGAUGGACGGUUUUUUUAAAUAUUGAAAAACACGAGAACCGCCCAAGAGAUAUCCUAUCGCAAAUCGGGCAGAAAAAUAUUGCCGCUCAGCUUUAUGUACAUUGUUAUGGUGUUUGCUCAAUGGUUUUACCGCGUUGACGAAUCGUCAGGGAAUAGUCCGAAAGACAUACGAAACGAUAUUAAAUACCCUUUAUAUUGAAAAAUAUCGGUGCUUUUGCAUCGGUGAAUGUAUGUAAAAUAUUUGUAACAAUAUUUACGCGCAAUCGAACCGAUACUCGAACGUUGAUUUUUGAGUGGAAAAUAAAUUUGUCAAUAAGUUGAAAAUACCGGAAAGCUCAUCGUGAAGAUCGAAAGUCCAGAAGAUACGCUCGGACAAGAAAUCUAAUCAACGCUUAAAUACUUGACUUGGGAGAAAAUGACGAUGGACGUGAGCAAGACGGAACCGACCAAGAAUGGGACAACCCAAAAAGAGUGCGCUGGGUGCGGAAAGAGCAUAACCGAAAGGUAUCUUCUAAACGCCCUGGAUAUGUACUGGCACGAGGAUUGCCUGAAAUGCGGAUGCUGUGACUGCAGGCUUGGAGAAGUUGGCUCGACGCUCUACACGAAAGCUAAUUUGAUACUCUGCAAAAGAGAUUAUCUCAGGCUCUUUGGAAAUACCGGCUACUGUGCAGCGUGCAGCAAAGUUAUACCAGCAUUUGAGAUGGUGAUGAGAGCAAGAGCGAACGUUUAUCACUUGGAGUGUUUCGCUUGUCAGCAGUGCAAUCACCGAUUCUGCGUGGGUGACAGAUUUUACUUGUGCGAAAAUAAAAUCCUGUGCGAAUAUGACUACGAGGAGAGGCUUGUCUUCGCAAAUAUGGCUCUGCAUCCUCCACCCUCCGCUACUCUGGCCCACAUCAAGAGACAAGUAACUCAUCUUCAAUCUCCGGGAUGUCCGACCGUAUCUGCGCAAAGGCAGACAAACGGGGAUGUCGGCCACAACCAUAACGGAUAUCCGGCACCCCCGACGACCUCUCACAGCGCUUUGAAUCAGAUGAACAGUUUGAACGGGAUCAACGCCCCGCCGCAGUACGACGGAAAAUGACAAUCAAAAUAGGCAAGGAGCUCGAAAUAUCGAUCGAAUUCUGUCGGUCUCGAUGCUUAUAUCGCGAGCAAGAAACGACGGCCAAAUGAAACUAAAAUAAUCGAUUAAUUAAAAUUAUUACCAAAGACGGUGGGAAAUUUCUCGCACGUCGUCGCGCACGUGAAAUUCAUUCGUGCGGUAAACGGUGAAUAGGAAAAAUAUCACCUGCGCGUAGAUGAAUUUAGUUACUAUACCACCUGCGUAAUGUCAGGAAAUUUUAAUAUCGGUGUUGAUUUAUUUUCAUUCUUUGUUUUAUCGUUACAUUUUUAUUUCAAAAUAUUCGUAACUACACGACACAGUUUUGAUUCAUUAGAGCCUGAGUUUUAAUUCGAUCGAAGUAAAAUUUUUUUGUCUCGCGUAAGUCAAGUUUCUUGUCAAUCCUUACGACGCAUUUACGUUACAGACUCGAAUUAAUAAAUUCUCCGGGCAUUGUUUGACCCGGUAAAUUUUUUAAAGAAAGGAUUUAGGUGCUCAUUAGACGAAUUAGAAAUAAAAAAUAUGGAGAUAUCGAUAUUUAUGUGGUGCAUUAUCGUUGUCGUUGUCUCGUUGUUAUUAGUUUCUGAA